AUGGAGGACACCGACAACCCAGAGGACGUCCAAGAAAGCAAUAUCGCUACGCAGGACGACGAAAAGAAGUCCACCGAUUCCGUCGAAGCCAAGAAGUCACAACCCACGAACACGCAACGAUUCUAUCUCACCAGAGGCAACAGCGCCAUUCAAGCUUUCAACGACAGGAGAUGGAAGGCCUGCUAUUCAAUCAGUACCGAGCUUCUCGCCGAUCCGAGACUGCCAUCCUUCUGGCGCGCCCAAUGCAACUUGUUGAUGGCCACCAGAGAUGAUCCGACGGCUGUCGAGUACGCCAAGUCUGCUGUCAAGUGGGCGGAUCGUGUUCUGGAGCAUAAACCGACAGAUGCUGCUCUUCUGAAGAUCCGCCGCGAGGCACAGUCCAUUCUCGACGACCAGCCAGACACUGCUGAGGACGCCGGCACUCCCGAUCCCCCACCCAAGAAGUAG